GUUGUUGGAUGUGUGAAAAGUCCUUCGACAGACCAUCAACUCUACGCAAGCAUCUCCUCGUCCACACUGGGGAGAAAGCGUUUGUGUGCGACAUUUGUGGCCGCCGUUUCGGUGUUGCAUCAAACUUAAAUCGUCAUGUCAAACGUUGUAUCCUGAAGCCCGUCAAUACCGCCCACUCUGUCAAAAGCAGCACUUCGCCCUCGUCAGCAACGCCGCCUUCGUCAACUUCUGCAGCUUCUAGCAUUGAAUCGUCGAUCUCAGCUUUGUCUAGUACUUCAAACGUCUCUGGAGAUCCCCCAGCAUCUUCAGAGCAAAGCAGCAAUAAGCGGAAAAAUAUGGGUGAUCCCUGUUCUUCCUCACCGUCAGGUCCCUCCUCUCCCUCUCAGUCCGCCAGCACUAAAUCUCCUUCUAUAUCUAAAGCACCACCCAAACGCCGACGGCGAGCCCCUUCGCCCUCGCAAUGGAUUCCUACUUCGCUUCUCCCGUUCAAAAUCUUACCUAUGGAGUUCAUAAAGUCUACAUCCGUCCCUCUCCCACCUGUGUCGGCAUACAAGGACGAAACGACAGACGAGUGGAUAGAAGAACGUGACUCGUGGGACGAGAGUGUCGGUGUUACACCUUAUCAUCCAUGUGCGUGGAAGGGUAAACUCCCAGGUCCCGGCCUCGGCUUCGGCGGGAGGGAUUUGAGCAAUCUGGGUUUGGUAGGUGGAAGUGGUUUUGUCAUGGGGAGACUGGUAAUGCUUUAGGCGGUAAUCGGAUAAGACGUUUGCUGAGUCCUUUGUUUGUUUUAUUAUUUUUUUUUUGGUUUUUCUCGGUUUAUGUGUAUACUUGUGGAUUUUUUGUCGGUUUGGUCGAGCAUGUAUUACCCGCUGAGAUUUCUUUGCUCCGGCCAAUUUUGUUGUUACCAUCAUCUUGAUAUGUAAAUUUUGGGUUUAGGUUUAGAUAUUCUAGGGUCGUAUAGAUUGCCGCUAGAAUAGUCGUGGACACAGUCAUCACUUCUUCGAGCACGUCACGGUACUUUACAUUGUAUAACGUC